GAGGGGAAAAAUAGAAGGAGAGAAUCCAAGAUGAAAAGAGAAGAAGAGAUUUAUUUUAAGCACACAAAGACAAAGUGUUGAGAAGAUAUCCGAGUAUAAGAAAACUGAGCGUAAGAUUUAUUAUUACGAGGACAGUGGAACUCGUUUGUGUUUAAUUUUGUUAGCGUCGAAGGCCGCGGUCGGUCAAAUAUAAUUCAUCAAAGUCUCGCCGCCUCGGCAAAAAACACUAAAAAGUGACGAAGGCAGCUUUUGCUAGGAGCAAACACGUACUGGAGCGGGCGACAGAUGCAGCAGCCAGUUUGACAUCGCGGCGGCGCCUCUUUCCAAAGGCUGGCUCGUGAAAAGGCUAGACGAGGUCAGCAUGUAGCGACGACGGCGGCAGCUUCCAAGCAAUGGCCAAGAAGCAGCUGAACAAUGUCGAAGUGCAAGUGUUCGAAAGCGAACUGGCGUCCCUAGUGGUGCGAGAGUCUCUCACCUACGAGAUCAAAAUGGAAACCAGGGCCAAGAGCAAGUUGCGCGGCAUCACCAUGGUGUGUUUCGCCCUCGCCGUCUCCGGCAUCAUCUACCUGGGCUACUUUUGUCCGGACCAGGUGUGCGCCCUGUCCUCCGGCAGCAGGUCGCCGGCCGACCUGAACGCGUGGGCCGACUCGGUGGCCGACAGCCUGGGCCAACCCCUGUCCAAAGGUCAGAGUCUCAGCUACGACGAGGUGCUCAACGAGAAUUUUGACAUGAACGGACACGACGUCAUGGUCUUCCUGCACAUCCAGAAAACGGGGGGCACGUCCUUCGGCAAGCACCUGGUGCGCGACCUUGACCUCAAGAGGCCGUGCACCUGCCACCGAAAGAGGAAGCGGUGCUACUGCUUCCGGCCAAACAGCACCGAAAAUUGGCUCUUCAGUCGAUACUCGACGGGCUGGAAGUGCGGUCUGCAUGCCGACUGGACUGAACUGACCAAUUGUGUCGACUCCGAGUUGGACAAAAACGAGGGUGGAACCGUCAAGAGAAGGUACUUCUACAUCACCCUUUUGCGCGACCCUGUGAGUCGCUUCCUGUCCGAGUACCGACACGUGCAGCGCGGCGCCACUUGGCGGAACGCGCGGCACUGGUGCGGCGGCCACGAGGCCACCGAGGAGGAGCUGCCCAGGUGCUACCCUGGCGAGACGUGGCAGGGCGUCGACCUGAGCCAGUUCCUCGCGUGUCCCUUCAACCUGGGCGCGAACCGGCAGACGCGCAUGUUGGCCGACCUGGCGCUCGUCGGCUGCUACAACCGGACGUACCUGCCCGAGGAGCAGCGCAACACGGUGCUGCUGACCUCGGCCAAGCGCAACCUGGCGUCGAUGGCCUUCUUCGGGCUCACCGAGUACCAGAAGGUCAGUCAGUACGUGUUCGAGGAGACGUUCAACCUGCGCUUUUCGAUUCCGUUCGAGCAACACAACGCCACGGUGUCCGGCGCCACCAUGAACGAGCUCUCCGAGCAGCAGUUGGCGCUCAUCAAAAAGGCCAACGCCCUCGACAUUGAGUUGUACGACUUUGCCAAAGAGCUCAUGUACCGCAGGUUCCACCGGCUCAGGGCCAAGGACGCCCAUUUCCGAGAGCGCUUCUCGCACUUGGGCGAAAUUCCCGGCCAAGACUUCAACUGGGACCGCCUCCAGAAAUGAAUUCUUGAAUUUGCCCCCAAAAAUCUCCUAUUAUUUGUAAAGACCUGUUGCUCCAAUGGACAGACAAGAAGUACGCACCACUAUGUGUUUUAGCAGAAAAACCACCACCUUUGUAAUAAAAAAACGGUGGUUUGUUGCGUGAUAUUUUUUAAUGUUGGCAUUACCAAGCAAGACUAAAUUAAUUCCAGUGUUGUUAUUUAAAAUGUUAGGGCUGAGAGAAUCGUGGCUAAAAACGAAUAGAGACAUUUGAAGAAAAUAUUUUCCCCGUUUACCAAGAGCAAGGUUAUUUUUUCGCACGAGUUGAAAAUGAAAUCGAAUGUCAGCUGUGAUUGUAAAGUUUAAACAAAAAACUGAUCUCAUCCAAAAGAAACCCCUAACUGAUCCAAAACGUGGCCAUUCUCAAAGUAUACCACUUGGUUUUAUGUCUCUCUUCUCCAAUAGUUGCCCCUGAAAGAUGCGCGCAGUGCGUGUUGCUUGGAGACAAAUGGCUUGCAAUUUGUAGAACUUCAAAAAUUGUAAAAAACAUGACUUACAAAAAUGACGCCUAUGACAUAACAACAUCAGUAGAAUUUAAUACUUAAGCAAUUAUAUCAUUCGGCAGCUUAGAUACUAAUCGAGUGAUUUAUUUUUAAAUUGAACUUAAUUGUAUUAUAAAAUGACAAUCUCUUUUUAAAUAUUUUCUUUAAGCUGGGUGGAUUCUUGCCUAAUUUCAAUCAUUAUGGCUGAUUGCCGAAAGCUAUAAAAUCGAAAAAAAUUUAUCAACUUAAUAAAUAAUGAAGAGAAAUAACCCUAUAUUUUUAUAAUUUUAAAAUUGUGGUUCUUCCUUUGAUAUCUAAAUAAAAUCAUUAACCAAAGUAAUGGAAAAAAAAUACUGUUUUUAUGCAACAACAAUUAAUUAUUUAAAGUUUGCACACAAGUUUAGUGAUCUAAUCAAGCUGAAUAUUAAUUUAAGAUACUACUUUGUACUUUUUUUACUUUAUUUUAUUAUUACUUUUGUACUAACUGCUUCAGAAAUAGUGGUGAACUUUGCAGCACCGCGCGCUUUAACCCAAUGUUAAUUAAUAAACUGCAAUAUGUAAUAUUCUGCAUUAAAAAAAUGGCAACUCCUACAAUUUCUUUGAUGAUUUACAAUGUGUUACAAGAAAAAGUUUUUAUUUUAAUUGUCAAAGCAGCUCCAUUAAAGUGUAGUCAGUGAUUGUAGUGUUUCCUCCAACUAGCUCCUAUUUCACUCUAGGUGUUACAAAUUAUUAAUAAUUACAGUUAGCCUUUGCGUGCUAAGACUAUAGAGAAUUAUAUGAAUUUUUUAUUUUAACGUUUAUCAACAUAAUAGGGAGAGUCGUCUUUUUAUAGGAUGACAUGAAGUAAUAAAGCUCAUAUAAUAUAUGCGUCAUUUUAAAAAAAACCCCAGACACGCAUUGCAUUGUGCGACUUUAUAAUGGUAAUCUUUGUUUCUCAAGUGCACAUGGAGGUUCUUGUUUGUUAUUUCUUCUUACAUUUAAUUGCAUUGAAAAAAGGAGCAUAAAAAAUCAAAUUUAAAUUUUUCCUUUCAUAGUUUUAAAAUUUAAAUCCAAAUAAAAACAACUUACAAUAAUUUUAGGUGGUUUCCAUAGUAAAAAUAGUUUAUGUUUAAUUUUAAUAUAUUCAUUAUCUUCAACCUCAAUCAAAUCCAACAAUUUCUGCUUGCUGCUCUAUUUUUGUUUAGUUAUUUUUUUUAAAUCAUCCCAUCUUAUAGAGAAUUAUCCUCUUUCAGUCAACACUUUUGUUGAAUGAUGUCAAUUACGCCACGCUUGCAAUUGUUUGUUUUAGUGAAAUUGCAAAAAGCGCAAGUUUCUUGGAAGAACCCAAUAUUAUUUUGAAAUUGAAUGUAAUUGUGAAUAUUUUGUGAAAUAAAAUAAUUUGCUUUAGCUGGAAGGAGGUCUUGCACGCCAGUUUAAAGGCUUUGUGAAUCCUCAAUUUGCAGCGGAAAGCCAUCUUCAAAUUUAUCUACUCUAAAAAAUUACAUAUCAUGCAAUUAUUUUUCUAUUUUAAGGAUCACAUUUGAAAUGCGAAAAUUGCUCGCGAGUCCCAGGCGGGAGAAAAAUUACUGUUUUUUUGGGAUGGUUUUCUUUUGCAAAGGAAAGGAUGGAUUAAAAGCUUGUCCGCACCUGCCGGCUAUUUAAAUGUUUUACUUGUUAAAAGGACACAAAAAAUAUUAUGUGUUUCAAGCUGAAAACGAUUUUUAAUUGAAUCAUUUAAAGCAAUGAAUGAAGUGCUGGAAUCUUCCAUAUCUCCGUUUUCCUCAAUAGGAAGGAAAAUCGCACAGUUAAUCUGUAAUUCUGUAACAUGAGAAGCGUUAGAAAUUAUUGUCUCUGCCGGACGGUUUUCUUCCUUGUUGCAGAGCCGUAAAUUAAAAGGGUGAAAACAGGGUCAGUUUUAUGUCUAAUAAAACUUAAUUGUUUUGUUUCUUCUUAGAGCGUGGACUUACAGAUUUGUAUAAUAAAAUAAAACUUCAAUUUAUGUGAUUUACGUUCAAUAAUAUUAAUGAGAUGGAAUUGAGCCAGUGAAAAUUUUAAAGACACCUUUCGGAUAAUUCAUUAUAAUGGCUUGUCUUGUAUAUUCUUUUAAUUAUAAUUUUUUCCCACUAUUAAUUAUGAAAAAAUCGCAACAAGUUAAUUGUUAUUCUUGAAAAAUGAUAAAUAUACGAUUUGCGCCUUUGUGCAAAAAUUUGUGAAGUGUGUAAAUUUGUACAAAUAAACAAAAUAUUGCCAAAUGAAUAAUAAAAAUAAUACGUGAAAAUGUAAA